AUGUCUUCCAAGCCCGUCAUCGUGCUUACGCCCGGAGCAUGGCACUCUCCGGAAUGCUUCAAGGUGAUCCGGGAGGAGCUGCAUCGGAGAGGAUGGGAAACCAGAGCCACGACGAAUGUGUCGGUCGGUUCCGAGCCUCCGACGAAGGGCAUGUAUGACGAUGCCGCCUCCGCUCGUGCGGUCAUAGAGGAGCUCGCGGACCAGGGCAGACAAGUUGUCCUCGUCGCGCAUUCGUACGGCGGCGUCGUCGGUGCCGAGGCCGUGAAGGGUCUCGGAUACAAGCAGCGCGCCGCAGAGGGCAAUACCGGCGGCGUCAUUGUGAUGCUGUACGUGGCUGCGUUCGUUGCUCCGGUUGGAGCCAGUAUCUGGAACUUGACCAGGAACGAGAAACAGUCGUGGAUGAGAAUCGAGGACGGCAAGAUCCUCGUCGAGAAUCCCGAGGAGGUGUUCUACGCGGACGUCGCCCCUGAAAUCACGGCCAGCUGCCUUGAGAUUCUCCAGCACACAACCACCAAGUCCUUCGAGGAGGGCGUGACGUACGAGCCGUGGCACGACAUUCCCUGCGCAUACCUCGCCUGCGAGGACGACCAGGCGAUCCCGUUCUUUGCUCAGGAGAUGAUGUCGCAGGCGUUGGGACCGGAUGCGCUGAAGGUUACUUUUAAGUCUUCGCACUCGCCGUUUUUAUCGCAGGUCUCGGAGACGGCUGAUGUUAUUGAGCGGGUUGUGAAGAACGGGCUUGAGGCCAUCGAGGCCAAGGUAUAG